AUGGAUGCCGACAAGUCCCCUUUGCUGAUCGCUGUAGAAAAUGGCUAUGCAGACGUGGUCCGCCUUCUUGUAGAGCGCAGCGCAGACUGCAACGCAGGAGGUGAAGCAAGCAAGACUCCAUUGUGCGUUGCCGUGGAGAAAGGAAAAACGAGUAUCGUCCGUAUCUUGCUUGAUCAUGGAGCGGCAGUCGACUGCACAGAUGCUGUCCGGUGGUCUCCAUUGAUUGUUGCUGUAAUUUAUGGGCAUUUGGAGGUUGCACAGCUUUUGAUCGAGCGGAAGGCGAAUGUCAACACAAAGUGCAGGGAGGGUCGGACACCAUUGUGA